AUGGAGAAAAAGCUUCAUUGCAUAUUUGCUUAUGCAUUCCUAAUCACCAUAACCUUCCAAAUGCUUUCUUCUGAAGCCAAACAACCUCUAAGCCUUGCAACUGAUCAAACUGCCCUUCUUUCACUCAAACAUACAUCUCUUUUACUUGCAACUAAUUGGACCAACUCCACCUCCGUCUGCACCUGGAUUGGCGUCACUUGCAGCUUCCGCCACCACAGAGUAGCUGCCUUGAAUCUCUCCAACAUGGCUCUCUCCGCCACCAUUCCACCACAGUUCGGACGCCUCUCCUUCCUCGUCUCCCUCGACCUCUCCAACAACCUUUUCUAUGGAGAUUUGCCACACCAACUCUCUCUCCUUCGCCGUUUGAAGUUCAUAUCUCUCCGACUCAACAACUUCACCGGAGACAUCCCUCCGAUGUUGGCUUCAUAG